CUUUAAUUGGUAGCGGGUGUGUAAUUUCAAUAUUUUUGAAAUGUACGUCCUUAUUUUUAGGUCUGCCUCAUAACUAACUAAUCUGUGGCAACGUAGCUUGUCGUCUUAGAUGUCCUAUGUUGCCUAAUUUAUAAAUCCAACAUGAAUGUUAGAAGAAUCUGCGGCUAAGCCUCUAGGUUCCGACUCCGAGGUAGAAGAUAAAGACAAAAAGAAGGAGAGGAGUCGCGAUAAGAAGAAACGGUCAUCUGGUUCUAGCAGUAGUGAUACCAGAAGCAGUUCUUCAGAUAGCAGCUCAUCUAGCUCAAGAUCUUCAAGUAGUUCUACAUCAAGUGCAAGCAGUAGAUCAAGUAGUUCGUCCUCUGACAGCUCAUCUUCCAGUAGCCACAAUGAUCGAACCAGGCCAAAAAGAAGGUCAUCUAAAUCUAGAACAAAAGCCACAGAUAAACCAGAAAAAGAUAAGGAGGGAAAAGAUAAAGUGAGAGACAAGAAAGAAGUGAAAGAUAAGGAGAAGGAUAAAGUAAAAGUUGAUGUUAAAAAGGAUGAAAAAGAUAAGGAUAAAGAAAAGGAUCACAAGGCCAAAUCACCAGUUAGGGAAAAGGAUGACAGAAAUCAUGCUAGGCACAGAUCUCGUUCCCGUUCUCCACGGAAACGUCGUCGUCGCAGCCCGACUCCUCGGCCUACCAAGAUCCACAUCGGCCGCCUGACCCGCACUGUGACCAAGGAGCACAUAAUGGAGAUAUUUGGUACCUAUGGCACAGUGAAAACUGUUGAGUUCAUUAGGGAUAAUUUGCACGCUCAUCUAGGUAGAGGGUACUGCUAUGUGGAAUACAUGACUGCUGACGAAGCUGAGAAUGCCAUGAAGCACAUGGAUGGAGGACAGAUUGAUGGACAGGAAAUUACCGCGGCACCAGUUUUGAUACCCAAACCUAGACCUCCGCCGCCUCGCCGCUCUCCUCCGCCAAUGAUGCGUCGUCCUCCACCGCCUCUGCACCGUCGCACACCGCCCCGUUUUAGGCGUCGCUCGCCCCGCCCACCGCCUAGGCGUAGUUCUCCGCCGAGAAGGCGUGGCCAUUCAAGGACUCCGCCCCGUGGCGGACGCAGGAAGCGCUCAAGGUCGAGCUCGAGCAGCAGUAGAUAGCCGAUUGGGGCGUCACAGCGGCAGAAGGGGCUGAUCUGUCCGUUUGUAGGGUGGCCUGUGUAGAAGAGCUUCGAAAUCGGCAAGAAAAGGUUUUGUGUCAUGGUGGGAGACAUCAUUGCUUAGUUUCUUGUACAAUGAUUGUUCAGGGCUGAUUUUAGUGUUUCAUGAUUUAUUGUAGAUUUGACGUUCUGCUGCAUUUCAAUGUUGUCUUGUAGACAUGAAAUUCUUGCAGUAUGAACAGUUUGAAAAUAUGUUUUUGCAUAUAUUGCAGUAUAAGGUUUUUUGCUUUCCAUGAACAAAUAUACAAGAAGCUAGAAUAUGUAGAUCUCCAGCAGAUAUGUAGUGUCACUUCUCUUAGUUUCUCAACAGUGUUUAUUACCAAGUUGAGCAAUCUUUGGCGUUUACCAUAUUGUGUUGUUUAUGUGAACGCUGGAGUUUCUUUUUAUGCCGAAAAAUCCUCAUCCAGUUUUUGAAUGUCUACCGCCAGUCGAAAAAUUUAUAAAAAAUCAUAUUGAAGAAAUCCUGCAUUAAUUUGUUAGAAGUGAUAAAUUUUGAUGAAUAAGAUGUUUGGGUGGAUUCUAUAAAAUCGUCCAAGAAUAUUCCAAUUUCUUUUAUCAUUUGUUAAGACAAGUAUAAACUAUAUCAAUAUAGAUUUAUUACUUUAUAGCAUGUCCUAAUGUAAAUCUGUGAAAACGUUUUCAUCCAUAAAUUCUUACCAACUAUUUGGAACUUAUGACAAUUUUUUUUAUUAAGGCGGGCUUCACAGACUAGUCAACUUAAAGUUAGUAAAUAUUUGAAUGCCAAUUUAUUUCUUGUUCUCCUAACCCCAAAUACUCUGGGAACCCCGCCUCAAGAUGAUUAUCAUUUCUGUUGCUAAAUCUUCACAUUAAAAAUUCUUUCGCAAUUAAUUAUAAGUUUUAGAUCUUAGAAUAAUUGAUGUUAAGGGAAUUUUCUACAUUUUUUGUUUUGUGUAACCUGAUAUUUUUACUAUUUGGAUAACUGAUUUGUAAUUGUAUAUAAUGUAAUGCAUUAAAUGAUACACAUUCGUAUAAUUUCCCAAGUUUUAUUAAUUUUUUUCAUAAUAAUUAUUUGCAGUAAUGAAGGGUUUUCCAUUAAGGACUUGACAACUUUCCUUUUAAGUAAAACGCAAAUCAUUUGAGAUACCUCAAAAAUUUUAUUAUUGGAUUGAAGUAUACUCGAAACAUUUAUGCAUGUAAUUCGACCUCGUUCAUAUGUUCACCACGGGCACGUUCGCAGCGAUCGAUUCGUUGAACCCAAUUUUCAAUGACUCGACCACACAUUUCGACAGAAUCGGCCGCUAUCUCUCGUUCAAUAUUGGCUCUGAGCUCCUCUAAUGACGCCGGCUUGUUGACAUAGACCAAUGAUUUAAAGUAGCCCCACAAAAAAGUCUAGAGGUGUUAAAUCACAUGAUCUAGGCGGCCAUUCGACAGGACUACCCGUAUUUCUCGAUAUAACACGUUCAUCGAAUUCUGAUUUCAAUAUACC